AUGUUCCAGGUGAAAUUCCCAUCACAUUUCUCGAACGAACUGAAAGAUCUGCUGAAGAAUCUGCUUCAAGUCGAUCUCACAAAGCGCUUCGGAAACUUGAAAAACGGCGUCGCUGACAUCAAGAACCACAAGUGGUUCGGCAGCACUGACUGGAUCGCCAUUUACCAACGGAAGAUUACUCCGGCGUCGUUCUCGAAAUGCGAGCCAGGCCGACUGUUCGAAGCCCUGUAUCCGCGCGUCGAAGGGCCUGCUGAUACUCGUCAUUUUGUCGAAGAAGUGAAAGAAGAGGAGAAUUGGACAAUCUCCGAAGAGAACCAUUUCGCCGAGCUUUUCGCCGAUUUCUAA